UCAGUUUGAUCCCCCGAAUCAUAACCGGCAAGUUUAAAGCUACGGACCAUAAAAUUCUACAAUCUAAUCCAUUAAUUUCCAAUUUUGUGUCUUGAAUCACGAAAAUUCUCCCUCGGAGAAACUCGAUAUAUCGUCGUUUCCCAAUACAAGUGGCCAUUCUACUAUCCAGUGGUUCUAAACUAUUGAUUGGUUCCCGUCGAAUCAACCACAAAGCGAAAAUAAUCUUUUUUGAAGAUUUCCAAAAAUGUUUAAUCGCGAUAGGGAGCACAGGGGUCGCCGUGGUGGGCGAGGCGAGCUCCAUAGAUUUCCUACACGUGGUCGAGGGACUCCCAGUAACCCUCGUGGUGGUGUCAAGGGCAAACAGCCUGGUGGAACGCUAAGGAAAGUAAAUUGGGAUGUGCGGGUCUUAGAACCUCUUCGCAAAGACUUCUAUGUGGAGCAUCCAGCAGUCCGCAACAGGUCCAAGGAGGAGGUAAGCAAGUUCCGGGAGAAUGCAGAGAUAACUGUGAAAGGUGAUGAUGUCCCAAACCCAAUCCAAUACUUUGAGGAAGGAAAUUUCCCUGGAUACGUGCUUGAUGAGAUCCGGAAACAAGGUUACACUCAACCAACAGCAAUCCAGGCUCAAGGAUGGCCCAUAGCCCUCAGUGGCAGGGACUUAGUGGCAAUUGGACAAACUGGAUCUGGUAAAACCCUUGGAUAUAUUUUGCCUGCAAUCGUUCACAUUAUCCAUCAACCACGCCUUACAAAUGGUGAUGGACCAAUUGCAUUGAUCCUCGCUCCAACAAGAGAGUUAGCACAACAGAUUCAGGAAGUUUGCAAUUGUUUUGGAGAAACAGCUUCAGUGAGGAAUACUUGUAUCUUUGGUGGAGCUCCGAAGGGCCCACAAGCCCAUGAUUUGGAGCGUGGCGUGGAAAUCUGCAUUGCUACACCUGGGAGACUCAUUGACUUUCUCGAAAGGGGAACUACGAAUCUACGCAGGUGUACGUACCUGGUUCUGGAUGAGGCAGACAGGAUGUUGGACAUGGGUUUCGAGCCUCAAAUUAGAAAAAUAAUUGAACAAAUUCGACCGGACAGGCAGGUACUGAUGUGGUCUGCUACAUGGCCCAAAGAGGUUCGAGCGCUAGCUGAGGACUUUUUGACAGACUAUAUGCACCUAAACAUUGGUUCCCUAACUCUGUCUGCCAAUCAUAAUAUCAUCCAAAUCAUAGACGUUUGCCAGGAGUUCGAGAAGGACUCGAAGCUUUAUAGAUUGUUGCAGGAAAUUGGAAACGAGAAGGAAAACAAGACCAUCAUAUUUGUGGAGACAAAGAGGAAGGUGGAUGAUAUCACUAGAAAUAUUAGAAGGGAUGGUUGGCAGGCACUGAGUAUCCAUGGAGACAAAAACCAGCAAGAAAGAGAUCACGUGCUGCAGGAGUUCAAGAGCGGAAGAGCUCCGAUCUUGGUUGCGACUGACGUUGCUGCCAGGGGAUUGGAUGUGGAUGAUGUGAAGUAUGUGAUAAAUUUCGACUAUCCCUCAUCAUCAGAGGACUACAUUCACAGGAUCGGUCGUACAGGCCGCAGAAGACAGACCGGAACAGCAUAUGCUUUCUUUACUAGCCACAAUAUGAAACACGCAGGCGACUUAAUUGAAGUUCUAAAAGAAGCUGGCCAAAAUAUCAAUCCACGACUUACAGAAAUGGCAGAAUUGGCCAAAGCAGGGAACUUUGGUACCAGAAGUGGGAAACGUUUUGUCGGAAGCGAUAGAAACAUUGGACGAAGAGGAUCUUCAAGAGGAAGAGGUCGUGGGACUUACCAAUCGACUGCAAAUAACUAUUCCGGAUCAGAUUAUGGUAGUUACGGGAAUACGAAGCAGAUAAAUCAGAAUGCGGGCUACGGAUACACCACACAGAGGUCCUAUGCACAGAAUAGCGUGACACAAAGCUACGCAGGGGGUGACAAUUAUGCCAAUGCCUAUCAAUAUCGAGGAAUAACUUAUUGAAAUUGUGUUUGCUAUCGUUGGAGCGAUAAAGUUUGUAUUGAAUAGUGUCGAUAGAGAAUUUCUGUUCAC